AUGUCUUCUUGGUCAGCAGUUUCCGCCCCGCCCAGGAAAUCCAAUUAUAAAGUUCGGUUCCGACACGGCGUAUUCCCGGACGUAGAGAGCCAAGCUACUCGAGCCGAUAUCAAGAAAUACGAUUACUUCUUUGGCGACGAACAACGAUGGGUCGGUACGCCAAACAAAGUGUCCAGCCUAGAUGAGCCCGUCUCCGCGGCUUGGCACUCGGACAUGCUCUUACCUCAUCCUGGAAUUGCACUCAACCCUAGCAGCCCAACAACGUGGCCCAUCUCUGACUCUGUUGAAGCACACCUAUUUCGUUUUUGGGUGGACAAAGUAGCAGAGUCUCUAGACUUGACAAGUCCUGAGAGUGUGUUCAAAGAAGUCACUCCAAAGCUUGCCUUGACGAAUCCGAUGCUCAUGAACGCCAUCUUCAUGACUUCUGCACAGCAUAUUUUGCGCUUCGACCCGUACUUUCCCACCCGACCGUACAUGUACUAUGACAAAAUACUUCAAGUCCUCAUCCCGUACUUGGCCGAGAAAGGGAGGAUUGAGGAUGAGGGCGUACUGGUGGCUGCGAUACUGCUCAGAGCUUUUGAAGAGUUUCACGCGGGUACCAGAGGUCAGACGGGUCUCUCAACUUUCGAGCUGUUCUGUGGGCCUGAGGGCUGGCUUCUUGACAUGUCAAGGCCGGUAGUCCAAGCAUGUCUCAUGGUACAUGUGCAUGCAGAGGUGGGCGAGGCGCUGCUGAAUCCAGGAAGACUGCGCAUAAAUUACGAAAGCUUCAUCUUACCAGCUCUAGUCUCGCCAUCGGAUGAUGUUUCAUGGGGCAAUCGUAUAGUGUGGUUGAGUGCACGCAUAUUGCAAUGGGCUGAACAAGGUUCGCACACACCAGACGAGUGGUGGUAUCUGUGCAGUUUGGUAGACGAGUGGGAAGAAAGACGUCCUCCGAGUUUCGAGGCCUUUUUCUAUCAAAUGGAAGACCCCGGAGCUAUUAGGUACUUUCCAGAACUAUGGUUCUCGAGCGCCGGCCAUGCGGACGCAAAUCAACAUCUACGGAUAUGUCGUAUUACUCUUGCUGCCAACCGUCCUGACGGUGAAGUGCAAGGUAUACACCGCGAUAUGUCAGAGGAGAUUCUGAAAGGCCUAAGAGAAACGCUCACACCGUACAUAAGUUCGCUGGACUACUGA